AUGCAACAAAACGACCAACAGUCCCCGGGAUAUGCCUAUGAGCCAGUCAAUGUGGAUCUAAGAUUCCAUCCCGCAUCACUCGAACUUCGCAACGGCGAACAAUAUAACGUUCGUGGAUUGUUCGGCCGAGGCGGUUUCAGUGUCGUUUACCGCGUCAGAGAUCGCAAUGGUUACCAAUACGCGGCUAAAGUUCUUGCACAAAGAGCUAAUCGUUAUUCGAGUCGUCACGAGCUGGAGGCAUAUCACAAAAUUGUCCAAAACCCACAUACAAACCUGCUAUCGUUGCAUUUGGCCGGAGAGUUGAUGAAUCCACCGCAAGGUUACACAGAUGAAGUUAUUAUCACUGAAGCGUGUGGACCGUCGAUCAAAGAUAUUAUGAUGAGAGCUAGAGGAGAUGUCGGCAAUUUCCGUUUGCCAUCAUUCUCAACGGACGAUAUCAAACAGAUUGGUAGACAAAUUGGAGAGGGAUUGUUGCAUUUGGAGAAUCUUAACAUUUAUCAUUUGGACCUCAAAGCGGCCAAUGUAACUUUUAUGAACACCGUCAAAUAUGAAGUGGAUGCGAACUUGGCUCAACCGAUCAUCACAAUGAGUGACCUCAGAAUUAAGAUCAUUGAUUAUGGAAAUUCUUCGUCUCACUGGAUUCCUGGAAUCAAAAGACGCCAUACGGUGGUUCAACCACAGAACUUGCGUGCACCCGAAAUUUUCAUGGGAAUUCCCCACAACGAGAAGUCCGACGUGUGGUCCAUGGGAUGCCUGAUGGGCGAGUUGUACAUUGGAAGAGUGCUUUUUAUUGCGAGAUUAGGCGUCACUCAGGCCGAAAGACAACAAUCCCAAUUUGAGUUGAUGGUGUCUAGAAUGAAUGCGACCGUUCCAGAUGAAUUGAUGGAGAUGUCGAGACGAGGAAGAAGAUGCAACCUCGAUUUCAAUUUCCUCAACAAUCGUGAAGGAAACAGCGAACAAGACUUGCUGAUGAAUUUGAUGCGUGAGGAAAGCGAUUUACCAUUGUUCCAGUUUCUGCAAUUCGUUUUUCAAUCCUGCCGAGAGACCAUCAUUCGAGGAACUUCUCAACCACGAGUUUCUUACAAACUUCUAAGCUCACAUUUCUAUUCAAAGCCAGCCUUUGUCCAUUUUUCAUGCUUUCUACCUGGUUUUUUGUUUACCUGUUACGAAUUCAUUGUGUCCAACACAUCUUUAAUUCAAACCCCGUCUACUGAAUCUCCCGUGUCACUGAAACAACCGUUUUCUAUGUGA